UCUAUGAAGAGACCGGAAUCCAUACGGCACAGUAGUAGCUAGCAGUAACGUUAGUGUCGACGUAACUACUCAAUCAAGAUACAAUAUCUAGCUAGCUAGAUAAGCCUGGUAACGUUAUAAUAAAGACAAAACCAAAAGGCAACCUGGAAGAAGCGGGUGCACCCAAGAUAUCUACGCAGCAUGGAUUUUAUAUAACUCCGGCAAGAUGUGAGGAGAUGUCCCAGGAUAAAAAUAAUAAAGAGACCAACCGCAUUAUGUUGGUCAGAAAAAUAGUAAUGAAAGAUGGGAGCACUCAGAGUAUUGGCAAUGCCAGGGUGAUCCAUGCUGUGGUGGUCAUUUUUUUGGAAUUCUUUGCCUGGGGUUUGCUCACAACUCCAAUGCUGACUGUUCUACAUGAAACGUUUCCUCAACAUACGUUUUUAAUGAAUGGUCUCAUUCAGGGUGUAAAGGGCCUGCUCUCUUUCAUGAGUGCCCCUCUAAUUGGAGCUCUGUCGGAUGUGUGGGGCAGGAAGUCCUUCCUGCUAGUCACUGUGUUUUUCACCUGUGCUCCCAUUCCUCUAAUGAGGAUAAGUCCCUGGUGGUAUUUUGCUAUGAUAUCUGUAUCCGGAAUAUUCUCUGUCACUUUCUCAGUAAUAUUUGCAUAUGUAGCUGAUGUAACUGAGGAACACGAGAGAAGCACAGCAUAUGGGUUGGUUUCUGCAACGUUCGCCGGAAGCUUGGUAACGAGUCCCGCUAUAGGAGCCUACCUCUCCACUAACUACGGAGACAACGUGGUGGUGUUGGUGGCCACCAUUAUCGCGCUGGUUGAUAUCUGCUUCAUCCUGCUGGCCGUGCCCGAAUCGCUUCCGGAGAAGAUGAGGCUAACAUCGUGGGGCGCGCCCAUUUCCUGGGAGCAAGCCGACCCCUUUACCUCCUUGAGGAAAGUGGGGAAGGACAGCACGGUGCUGCUCAUCUGUAUCACAGUGUUCCUCUCCUAUUUGCCAGAGGCUGGCCAAUACUCAAGCUUCUUCCUGUAUCUACGACAGGUCAUUAACUUCUCAUCCACGGCCAUUGCCGCGUUCAUAGCGGUGGUGGGGAUCCUUUCCAUCCUGGCUCAGACGGUGUUCCUCAGCGUUUUAAUGAGGUCGAUUGGGAAUAAGAACACAGUCCUGCUUGGACUGGGUUUUCAGAUGCUCCAGCUGGCCUGGUACGGCUUCGGAUCGGAACCGUGGAUGAUGUGGGCAGCGGGUGCGGUGGCAGCCAUGUCCAGCAUCACCUUCCCUGCCGUGAGCGCCCUGGUGUCCCGCAGUGCAGAGCCUGAUCAGCAGGGAGUGGUCCAGGGGAUGAUAACAGGAAUACGGGGUUUGUGCAAUGGACUGGGCCCGGCUCUGUAUGGGUUCAUCUUCUUCCUCUUCAACGUGGAGCUGAAGCCCAUCGACCCCGUCCAGGGAGACAAGACGUCCCCUUUGCUCAGCCCCAGUGACGAGAAGCCCGUGAUCCCCGGCCCGCCCUUCCUGUUCGGAGCGUGUGCGGUUCUCCUGGCGUUUGUCGUGGCCUUCUUCAUCCCGGAGCAGCAGAGCGGGGCGCUGAAGACCUGCCACGCCCGCAAGCACAGCGCCAGUGCGGGGGCCGCCGGCGGGCAGUGCAGCACCCCCCUGCCCGGCAGCGAUGAGGACAUCGAACCUCUGCUGCAGGACAGCAGCGUGUGACCCCCAGGGGCCCCGCAGCCCCGAGGGCCCGAGCCGAGAGGGCCCCAGCGUCUUCCCAUCUCCAGUGAGAAUGAGCAGGUCCUUACCGGGAAGUGUUUGUCAAACCUGUCUUUUACUUAGUUUUUUGCAACUUGUACAGAAGCGUUUAAUUGCGUUAUUAUCAGUGUGGAGUAUUAUUAGUAUUCUGUUCUCCGUAUGAAUCGGAGACUGGGGACAGAGUUGCGAGUUCUGGGCUUGGUUUGUUUCAAUAGUAUUGUGAAUCGGUUAACAUCUGCUGUGUAACAAUCGAGCUGCCAAUAUGGAAAGAAGAAGAUUCUAUGUGAAAUACAUGCGUUUUAAAUGUUUUUAUUGUCUCUAAAUUAACUCUGUUUAUUUAAUAAAACAUUGCGGCAGGCUGUAUUACAAAUAGGCAGAAAAUAUAUUAGUUAACUUACUUUAUAAAAUUUUCUGAAGUGAAAUUGAUGUCCUUUUACUGGCUUAAGAAGCCUACAAGACAUUUCCAGUGAGCAGUUAUCUUGUGUAUUUUGUAUUAUUUCAGAUGUAUAUUGGAAACAUUGCUCACCUGUGUAAUCUUCAAGGGCAAUAGACCUUAAAGCAGAACUACUGUACACGUUACUGCUAGCAUAGCUGCAUCAUUAUUGGUGUUGUCACUGACACAUCACAGGAAGCCAUUCAUUUGCUGGUUUGUGUGCUUUUUCUGAGUGUUAUUGGGAAGCAAGUAGCAUUUAACAGUUCGAGGUGAACGUAUAGAUGUUUACUAAAUGCUCAAUUCUAUGCAUUAUUAUAUACUUUCAACACAACCUUUGUUACUCGGUGUCCCACAGCAAUUACUGUGUGAUUAUUUUUUCUGUACUAUAUUAUCUUGUAAUAUAUUAUAGCAAAUAUAAAUUAUCAUAAAUUGUAUGUAUAUUUAUAUAUUAUACACUCAGUUAGCACUUUAUUAGGUUUUUAUUAGACUUAUUUUUUAUUUUUUUACUUCUACUGCUGUAGCCUAUCCACUUAGACUUAUGAUGUGUUGUGUAUUCAGAGUUGCUG